CGCCGCCCGCCGGUGAAGGCACGCGGUGGUGCCCACCGUUUGCGCCUGCAGUCCCUAGACGGGACCACCGCACCUGCGCUCCUCGGCAGCACCAUCGCUCUUUCCCACCACCCGGAACAACGCGGCACCGUCGACGUCGAGCCCCUCUAUCCAACACCCGCCCGUUGCGUCUGGUGCUACGUCCCAGGCUCCCAGGCCUCCACCUGACCGGCACCAGCCACUCGCCGCCGAAAUGUCCCUCAGUUCGGCCGCAGACGUUCCCCUGCAAAUCUCCUCCGCCAGCUCCUCGUCCGAGCGCCGCAUAUCUCCUUCGUGGACCAUAGCGCACCUCAAGGCGCGCCUCGAGCCCAUCACCGGAAUCCCCGCGUCAUGCCAGCAGCUCACGCUGCGAGUCGGCUCGCAGGACCCCAUCCCCAUCGCUGCCGCAGAUGAAGACGCUGCACAGCUGGCCGCCUAUCCGUUGCAGCCGUACGCGGAGAUCGCCGUUGGUGACACACGUCCGCCGGGAGCACGUACAGACUUUUCGGAUCUGUCUGCUGUGCCCAAAUACGAAAUGCCGGUUGCCGAGUAUGAGACCCGGACAGACAGCGUUCUUGCCUGGAAGAAGAACCAGAAACUCGGCCGCUUUGACCCGAACGCGCCUACUAUCGAGCAGCAAAAGAUCCGAGCCUCCGAGCGCGAGAUUGAAGAGAGGGGAAUUGUCCUCGGCGCCCGCGUACGCAUCCUUCCCGAAUCCGACGCUCGUAGAGGUACGGUCUCCUACGCCGGCCCUGUCCCCGAGAUCCCAGGCAUUGGCUACUGGGUCGGCGUCACGCUCGACGAGCCCACGGGGAAGAAUGACGGCACGGUCAACGGGAAGCGGUACUUUGAGUGUGGCAAGAACUGCGGCGUCUUCCUUCGUGCUGAGCGGUGUGAGGUGGGCGACUUCCCGGCUCUCGACUUGGGCGAUGAAGAUCUCGAGGAGUUAUGAGUGGGCUACGUCAGUGUGGGACCUGGGAGUGUACGAGAAUGGAAUGCGUUCCGUUAACCUAAGCAAGGUCUGUUGAACCACCGUUUCUACGUAGACGAGAAAACAGACAUGAUAGUUUCCGAACAGCAUGACUUCCAGUAGGGUCAACCUGCAUGCCUUGCACUGCGCAAUAGAAUAAACACGUACCCAUC